AUGGCGGCUAUAAAAGCGGAGGAGCUGAUCGAAAGUGUAAGAAACUUUCCAGUUUUGUAUGAUCAGACUCAAGAACAAUAUAGAAACUCUGACUACAAGGAUAUUAUUUGGAAAAAAGUUGUAAAGGAAUUGAACGUAGAAGGACAAGAGGAGGAAUGUAAAAAGAAGUGGAACGGAAUUCGAGACAGUCUGCGAAGAGCUAGACAGAAAAGGAAAACCAAAUCUGGACAGGCAGGAACAUCAACCAAUAAAUACAAAUUUGAGUCCAUCCUUGAAUUCUUGAUUCCUCAUCUCGGUGAACGGAAAGGCCUAAGUAAUGUUCCUGAUGAAGAUGACAUAAGUGAUGAAACUCAACUCAAUGACUCUCAUCAGCAGAACUCCACCAAGGAGUCACAAGAUGUCAAUGACAUUGAACCUCAGGAGAGUGUAGAAUCCGUGUCGUUGCUAACACCUACAACUCCAGCAAGUCGAGUUUCCAUCGACCAUAGACCUCUAUCCGCAAAACGCAAAAGGAAGCUUGAAGCAAAACCUCAAGAGACUGCAUCAUCUCAGCUAAUGGCAUACAUAUUGGCUGAGAAGAAAAAAAAGAGUCAAGUGAAAAUCAUGGACAGCACCCUGUCGAUACAUUUUUAUCCGGAAUCGCUACAACUCUGA